GGGAGGGGAGGAGGGGAGAGGGGGAGCGAGGCGCAGGCCGGCGCGAGUGCAAGGAGCAGAGCCGCGCGCUGCGCGCACGAGGAGCGGGGCCGGCGCGGCCGAGGCCGGCGAGCGGGCGCUCCACGCUGGGGGCCGCGUCACCCGGCCGCAGGGCCUUCUAGCAAAAGCCACCGCGGCCCGGGCUGCAGCGGCCAGACGGAUGCCAAGGCCACACGGCAGGCGCGGGGACAGCCGCCGCAGCCGCCGUCCCACGCGGGCUCCGGACCUCGGGGGACUGCGGACGAAGUGAUUGGGAAGAAGCCAUCGGCACCUUCCUUCUAUAGACCGGACAGCAUGGAUCAGCCAUUUACUGUGAAUUCUCUGAGAAAGCUAGCUGCCAUGCCUGACCACACGGAUGUUUCCCUCAGCCCGGAAGAGCGAGUCCGUGCCCUGAGCAAGCUUGGUUGUAAUAUCACCAUCACGGAGGACAUCACCCCACGCCGCUACUUUAGAUCCGGAGUAGAGAUGGAAAGGAUGGCUUCGGUGUAUAUGGAAGAAGGAAAUUUGGAAAAUGCCUUUGUCCUUUAUAACAAAUUUAUAACCUUGUUUGUGGAAAAGCUUCCCAGCCAUCGAGAUUACCAGCAGUGUGCGGUACCUGAAAAACAGGAUAUUAUGAAGAAACUGAAGGAGAUUGCAUUCCCAAGGACAGAUGAAUUGAAAAAGGACCUUUUAAAGAAAUAUAACGUAGAAUACCAAGAAUAUUUGCAAAGCAAAAACAAGUACGACGCCGAGAUUCUCAAACGACUGGAGCAUCAGAGCCUGAUCGAGGCCGAGAGGAAGCGGGUGGCUCGGAUGCGCCAGCAGCAGCUGGAGUCGGAGCAGUUCCUGUUUUUCGAAGACCAGCUCAAGAAGCAGGAACUGGCCCGCGGGCAGAUGCGCAGCCCGGAGCCCCCCGCGCUGUCCGAGCAGAUCGACGGCAGUGCCGCGUCCUGCCUGUGCCCGCGCCACAGCCCUUCCCUGCUGCACGUCUCCGCGGACCAGCCUGGCAAAAGCGACGCGGCCAAUUCCGCCAGCCACUCGCCCCCCGUCAACAGGGCUCUGAAGCCCGCGGCCACUCUGAGCGCCGUGCAGAAUUUAGUGGUUGAAGGACUGCGCUGUGUAGUUUUAUCCAGAGACCUCUGCCACAAAUUUCUGCUGCUGGCAGAAUCUAAUACAGUGAGAGGAGUAGAAACGUGUGGAAUACUCUGUGGAAAACUGACGCAUAAUGAAUUUACUAUCACCCAUGUGAUUGUGCCAAAGCAGUCUGCGGGGCCGGACUACUGUGACGUGGAGAACGUAGAAGAAUUAUUCAGUGUUCAGGACCAACACGGCCUCCUCACGCUCGGAUGGAUCCACACACAUCCGACCCAAACUGCGUUCUUGUCCAGUGUUGACCUUCACACUCACUGUUCCUACCAGCUCAUGUUGCCAGAGGCCAUCGCCAUUGUUUGCUCACCGAAGCAUAAAGACACGGGCAUCUUCAGGCUGACCAACGCCGGCAUGCUCGAGGUUUCUGCCUGUAAAAAGAAGGGCUUUCAUCCACACACCAAGGACCCCAGGCUGUUCAGUAUAUGCAAACACGUGUUGGUAAAAGACAUAAAAAUAACCAUGCUGGAUCUAAGGUGACGUGUUCUGAAGAUUAGUACCGUCAACACCAGACAUCUACCCAUGGACGUGUGGUUGCCGAAUUUUCUUAAGAUGUUUCCUGAAGUGACUGAUAUUUUAUAUUUAUACGUUUUAGAUCAGAAAGUUUGAUAUUUAUUGCUCCUGCACAUUUUGAAGUUCUCUUUUUGAGUUGCCCUGUCUCCGGAGAGGUCACAGUGCUUUUACGUCGGUACCUGUGAAUGUACUCAAAUACCAUGACCAGAUAAUAAAUCGUGCUGCAAACAACAA